UUAACGAGAAAAAAACUAAUUUUGUCAAGUUAAUGGAGCCCUGCAAAUGAAGUAGAACUUAUUGUUUCACAUAGUUGAUUAACAAGGGUUUCCACUUUCCAGUUAAUGGAGCCCUGCAAAUGAUUGAUCAGAAGUAGACAAGCAAUUGUGUCGAAAUAGCCUUCAUAAGGGUUUCAUGUUAAUGGAGGCCUACAAUUAACUAAUCGAUCAGUAGUAGACAUGCAUUCACGUCAAAUAGAUGAUAGCUCUAUGCAAUAAGCAGUCUCACUAUAUUCCUUACCAAGUAUAUACCUAAGAAUCCAAACACUAGGAUAUGUUUGUAAUACGACAUUCCGCAUAGGUUCUUAAUUACUUAAUGAACCAAUUCAACACUUUGUAUCCAAAUGAUACAAGUUGAAUUCUUAAUAAACAAAAAUGAUAUCUAUUAUGUAUCUGUUGUUUCGUGACAUCCGCCAAGAAAUCAUAUAUUCUUGUCAACAUACUGGAUGGGGAAUCAAAUGAAUUUGCGAUGCAGUAACAUUAUCCUUCAAAAUAAUGAGACACCAACACCAAAACAAAAAUAUUGUAAACAUAAGUAAUUCCAUCUGAGGCUCACCUGUAUAAGUACCUCCAAACGAGGCCGCACAAUUGGCCCCAGAAGUACAAAACUUUCACAGUUCCACUUGUAGCCAUGAUUUCACUUAAGCUCCUACCGUUCCUUUUUCUUCAAAUGUUUCUCACAGCAGCGUCAAUGAUCAAAGCAGCCCCAGCAAACCCAAAGCUCUUCAGAGAAUACAUAGGAGCUGAGAACAAAGGUGUCACUUUCACAGAAGUACCCGUUGAUUCCAAAGUUGAGUUUCACUUCAUCCUCUCCUUUGCUAUUGAUUAUACAACACAAUCCAUUAAUCCUUCUCCCACCAACGGAGACUUCAAUGUCUUCUGGGACACAGAGAACCUCACCCCUGCCAAUGUUUCCGCCAUUAAGGCCCGUCAUCCAAAUGCUAAAGUAGCUCUGAGUCUUGGAGGUGAUACCGCUGGCAACAAAAAUGCGUCCUUCAAUCCUAAAUCAAUCAAUUCUUGGGUUAGAAAUGCUGUCUACUCACUAACUCAGAUAAUCAGAAAAUAUCAUUUGGAUGGAAUUGAUAUUGACUACGAACACUUCCAGACAGAUCCCAAUACAUUUGCCGAAUGCAUUGGGCGACUGUUGUUCUCCCUUAAGCAAAACAAUAUUGUGUCCUUCACAUCAAUAGCACCAUAUGAUGAUGACUCGGUGCAGCGAAAUUACCUGGCAUUGUGGAGGAAGUACGGGCAUCUCAUUGACUACGUUAACUUUCAGUUCUAUGCCUACGACAAUCGCACGACUACAACUCAGUUUUUGAAAUAUUUCGAGAUGCAGAGCUCAAAUUACAAAGGUGGCAAGAUUCUAGUGAGCUUUGGAACAGAUAAUAGCGGGGGUUUGUCACCUGAACACGGCUUCUUUGCGGCUUGUACUAAGCUUAACAGCGAGGGCAAACUUCAUGGCAUUUUCAUUUGGUCUGCAGAUGACUCCAAGAAGGAUCAUUUUCGUUAUGAGAAGCAAUCACAAGCCUUUCUAUCUGGUGUAAAUUGAUCUGUACUUUUUUUUUUCUUUCCCUUGUAUUUGUUGUUAUUUUAUUCCUAAUUGGAAAGAAGAAAAUAAAGAGUCCCUCUUUAUUAAGGUUGUUGCCCAGUCAAUCCCUCUCUAUACGAUGAAUGUUUCCUCCUACCAAAGUUUUUCUGCGACGAUUUGAACCGGCUUGUGGCCAAAUUUUGGUGAACAAGCUUGUGGCCAAAUGUUUCCUCCUACCAAAGUUUUUCUUUCCCUUAAUCCCUCUUUAUUAAGGGGAGAUAAAGUGAGAAUUUGGGAAGAUAGAUGGCUCCCAAUUCCCUCUCGGUCCCAGAUUUUUUCCCCGAAACCGCCUCACUGUGACUUAAUUCUUGUAGAAGACCUUAUUGAUGAGUCUAAAAAUCGGAACAUUCCGCUCCUGAGCCAUCUCUUCUCGGAUGUGGACGUUCAAAGCAUUCUGUCCCUUUCCCUGAGCUUCCGCUUGCCGAAUGACAAAUUCAUAUGGCACUAUGACAGGAAAGGUAUCUUCUCAGUCAAGAGUGCGUAUCAUGUCACCCGGGACUGGAUUCAAUCUUGAAGGGAGGCGCUUCAUCCUCCUCUGCUAAUUCUUCCGGUGAGGCUUGGAAGAAACUAUGGGCUGCUAGGGUGCCUCCUAAGGUUAAGACUGGGGUUUGGAGGAUUGGAUUGGAUAUCAUCCCGACAUGAAUCAAUCUCCAUAGAAAGAGGAUUCAAAACGGAUAUGGUAUGUGUUCUCUGUGGAGCGUAUGGCGAAUCCACGAACCAUCUAAUGUGGGAUUGCAUUUUCAAAAUGUAUGAUAUCCCCCGUGUACUUCGUGAUCUUCCUCUGUUUUAGAUUGCUCAGCUCUCUGGGCUGUCGAACAUAAUCAAUCAAAUUUUGAGAUUUGUUUGAUGUUCAUGUGAGCUAUUUGGAAUGCAAGGAACGACCAUUUGUGGAACGAUGUAGUGACUCCACCUGACCUUGUCACUCCCGAUGUCAUUGUUGGUGGCAGGAAUUAAACAGAGUGGCUUUUACCCCCACCCAAAGAACCGGGGCUCAUACACAGUUGCAUUUUCGUUGGUCUCGUCCUUCUACUUCCUUCCUCAAGGUUAAUGUUGAUGGUGCAUGGAAUGAACAACUCAAACAGGGGGGUGUUGGGAGUAUUAUCAGGGAUGAUCAGGGCUCUUUUGUGGCAGCUGCUGCGAAAAGCUUGAACAUGUGUAUUCUCCUCUUCAGGCUGAGGCGUUGGCUGCCAGAGAUGGCCUCUUGCUGGCGACACAAAGGGGUCUUCAAAAUUUUAUUUUGUGGCAACCCUGUUGAUACUAUCUUAAUGAAGCUAUUGAUCUUUUCUCAAGAAAAAAAAAAAUCAGAAACAGAGGGAAUUCAAAUAUACAUGGUAUACCAAAAAUACAUAUACAUCUAAAGAGUCAUUACCGAGGAGUAAGGAUUCUACAGUUUCUGCAGCAUUUAGUGUUGAACUGGUACUGUGUACCCUUCUUUUUUGUUUUCAAUUACAUGAAUAAACAUUGAUAUAUUAAGGCAAAUAGGAAGAACGAAAUCUUGGCAAAGGAGAAAGCAAGAUGGUGGGGGCGAUAUUGUUAAAUAAGAGGAAACACGAACACGGAAGAGUUGAUACACAGAUAUCAUACCUGGUAGUGCUCUUAUAUAACGGGUUACCACGGUAUCUGAUAGGAUUAUGCGUUAUUCUGUUCAAACUUCAAAAAGUUAUAAGCCUUGAGGAAACAAGUUGACAGACUAUUAUAAAUGAACUGAUCCAAGAAGAAUAAAAAGAUGCCCAACAUUAGAAUAUGCUGGUGGAGAACCGUAUGCAUAUGCAGGGCCUUGGAUCAUUAUAUACAAGAGCAAAGGAAAUACCAAAUACCCAUCAAAGAAAAAAAGAACAGGGAUAAAAAAAAACAUAAAUGGAAAACGUGUAUUUAUGCAAAGAAUGUAAUGUAUGGAAUCCCCAACAAGUGAAAGAAGCAUCCUUUAUUUGUUGGAAAUAUGAGUAACCACAGUUUUCCCAAUUGAUUAAAACAUCAUCCAACGGCGCUUUCUAGGCCUUUUUUUUUCACCUUCGAAGGCCAGUAUUUAAUUAGCCAUCUACAAAAUUGCAAGUGAUAGAAUCAGUGUUCUUUGAAAUAAUCAUAACGCUUGACAUACAAAACCGAAUGCAGAAAACACAAACGGAGAUAACACCCGUAUUAAGAAUCAAAAUCGAUAUGGCAUUAUCAAAGUUUUCAUUGCAAUCAAUAAUAUCACCUGGCAUUGGUAAUUAGCACUACAUAGAAAACAGUAUCCCCACAAAAUUACCCUGAACGUGCAGAGCAGCAGACCCUCAUGGAAUUGAAAUCUCCACCGAAUCCC